AUGUCGAUGAACAGAAACUCUUCUUCUGCCGGUGAAACCUCGAACCCACCGCCGUUGGGUCUCUUGGAUUACUCCGAUGAUGAGGAGCAAACGACGCCACAACAAAGCCAGACGUCUCAACCCAUGUCCGAAGAUCUUCAUACCGCAGCCGAACAACUGGAUUCUGAGUCAGAUGCCGAGUCAGAACCAGUGGGAUCCACAAGGAAGAAGAAGAAGAACGUGAAGGAGGGAAGAAGCAAACAAUCCUCCGAAGCAAUUCCAGAGGAAACUGAUGCAACUAAAGCUCGCAAGGAAAAUCGAGAAAAAGCGAUCGAAGUCUCUUCGGGUGAAUCUGAGGAAGAAGAUGACUCGGAGAACACUGACUCAGACGAAGUUGAGGAAGUUGAUGUUGAAGACGUGGAACCAUCAAUCAGUGUUAAGGAGAAAGAGACAAAGAGAAAAGCUCCAUAA